GCAGGUGUCAGCAAGGAACAUGUCUCGGGAGCUGCAGGAUGUGGACCUCGCUGAGGUGAAGCCUUUGGUGGAGAAAGGGGAGACUAUCUCCGGACUUCUGCAAGAGUUUGAUGUUCAGGAGCAGGACAUUGAGACCUUGCACGGCUCCCUGCACGUCACCCUGUGUGGGACCCCCAAGGGAAGCCGGCCGGUCAUCCUCACCUACCAUGACAUUGGCAUGAACCACAAAACCUGCUACAACCCACUCUUCAACUAUGAGGACAUGCAAGAGAUCACUCAGCACUUUGCCGUCUGCCACGUGGACGCCCCUGGCCAGCAGGAUGGGGCUGCAUCCUUCCCCACAGGGUACAUGUACCCUUCCAUGGAUCAGCUGGCUGAGAUGCUUCCUGGAGUCCUUCAGCAGUUUGGACUGAAGAGCGUCAUUGGCAUGGGGACCGGCGCUGGCGCUUACAUCCUCACUCGUUUUGCUCUCAACAACCCUGAGAUGGUGGAAGGGCUUGUUCUCAUCAACGUCAACCCCUGUGCAGAAGGCUGGAUGGACUGGGCAGCCUCCAAGAUCUCUGGAUGGACGCAGGCUCUCCCGGACAUGGUUGUGUCUCACUUCUUUGGGAAGGAGGAGAUGCAGAACAACGUGGAGGUGGUCCACACCUACCGCCAGCACAUCAUCAACGACAUGAACCCCGGCAACCUGCACCUGUUCAUCAAUGCCUACAACAGUCGUCGGGACCUGGAGAUCGAGCGGCCGAUGCCGGGAACCCACACAGUCACCCUACAGUGCCCUUCCCUGUUGGUGGUUGGGGACAAUUCUCCUGCUGUGGACGCAGUGGUGGAGUGCAACUCGAAGUUGGAUCCCACGAAAACUACUCUUCUCAAGAUGGCAGACUGUGGCGGCCUUCCCCAGAUCUCCCAGCCAGCCAAGCUUGCUGAGGCCUUCAAGUAUUUUGUGCAGGGCAUGGGAUACAUGCCCUCUGCCAGCAUGACCCGCCUGAUGCGUUCACGCACAGCCUCUGGCUCCAGUGUUGCCUCCCUGGAGGGCACCCGCAGCCGCUCCCACACCAGUGAAGGCACACGCAGCCGCUCCCACACCAGCGAGGGCGCCCGCCUGGACAUCACCCCCAACUCCGGUGCCACCGGGAACAACACGGGGCCCAAGUCCAUGGAGGUCUCCUGCUAGGAUGCCAACCCCCUGGACUCUGGAUCGCUACAGCUGCCCCUCCCCACCCCCUUGCCUGUCGCACCUCAUGUAACUUGGUAUCAAUUAAUCCAAAGCUUGUUAUGUAAGCGUGAGUCUGGUGAGGAAAGAUGAGGUCUGUCAUGGGUUCCUCGAGAAGGCUGGGUAAACCAAGGGAAACAGAGCACGUCACUGCCUAGUUCCCUCUAGCAAACUUUUCUGUUUCUUUCUGUAGUUUUCUCACCCUUGCUCAGAGAUGACAAAUUGCCAGAAUCAAGAAAUAUAGCAGCAAGAACUCCAUAGCCCCAAGCCGAGGUGGACCUGAGCAUCUGCUCUGAAUGGGUUGGGCAUGGUGUAGGAAUCUCUGUCCACCUACUUCCCAUUUCCUAUCCAGCUACAGAAAAAACUGGCCCAGUUUCUGGAAACACAAACUGCCUUUUUCCUUUGGGGAGAGGGAGAGCAGGGAUUUAUAGGUUGCCCAUUUAACCAGGCAAAACAGGAAGCAGGAAGAGAGCAUUUCUGUGGGGGUUUGAAAUCUUUGGAAAAACAAAUCCAAGUAUUGCAUUUCACCUUUGUGCAACUGUAUCCUUCCUCUGUUAUGCUCGAGUACACGUGCCCGUCUCUCGGGCACCCUCUUAAUGGGGAACAAAAGCUGGGAACAAAAAAGAACCCAGAGGCUUUGCAAAGAAACAGCCUUGGCAAAACUUGGAAUCUCCUGGAUUUGAGGCUUUGGCUCAGCUGCCUUCCCCCUGACACCCUAUUCUCCACCCUCCAUGCACAAGUGAGUGAAUUUUUCACUCCUGGAAAAGACCGCUUAGUGGCACUGAUUUCCUGGAGGUAGAAGGAAGCAUUCUGACCUGCUGCAGCUAUCUGUGAUGAGAUCCCAUGCAGUGGGACUAGAGAUGCAAGGUGAGGGGGGGGGGUCACGGGUUACUAGGCGUGAGGGAAUCUUGAGAAUGUGAUGUAGAAUCCAGUGCUCUUUCAAUUUUAAGUAUCCCAGCCUGGUGCCUAGGACUACUAAUUAUAUCACUGAGUUAAAUCCAGUUUCUAGUCUUUGUUCACUGGGGUUGAAUCUGAACUUGACAGCCAGACUCUUCUGGCCUGGUAGCAUUACUGAAUCUUCAAGUAGUACUAUUUGCUCUUGAAAGGGGUGCGGAGUGACCUGGGGUGUGGAGGGAGAAGACAUGAGGCUUCUGGGAUGUAUAUUCCUUGGGAUUUCUUUCUUCCCUGCCUUCCCCUCGUCCCUGCCCCUCUAACGUCCUUUGCUGAAUGGGAGCAGCACCACUGACACUUCUGGGCAUCGUUAGCAGCCGCCAGGUUCCUGUGCUACCGCCUUUGUUGAUUUUCAUUCUGGCUAACCAUGGAUCUUCUUAUAGGAAGUUUGGCUCCGAGCGACAUUAUGAAUCAGCUGCUGAGUCUUGGUGGCUUCCAGGACUUGAGAGUUGGAAGAAGGAUGUAGUCAAGCCUUUCACGUAGUUCAAAGGCCAUGACUCAGUUUACCUGCCACAUUGCAUCCUGUGCAGAGAGGUUAGGGGUAAGGACAGGAGUGGCUGAAUGGAGACAGGAAAUUGUUGUGUACAAGUCUUCCCAGAGGAGUUUCUUAAUGAGAUAUUUGUAUUUAUUUCUGGACCAAUAAAUUUGUAACUUUGCA